AUGGAGUCUCUCCGACGUCUGACAAGUUUUGUAUUGAAUGAAACGGGAUUUGUUCAUCGUCUUCGUAUUAAACAUUUACAACCACAAUCAUCAUCAUCAUCAUCAUCAUUAUCAUUAUCAUUAUUACCUGAUAUUUGCUCUUUGGACCUCACUUUUAUAACGAAACGAAUUGUAGUCAUGGGUACACCUUCGGACGGAAUCACAAAUAAGAAGCAAAAUGUCGUUAAUGUGAAUGACUUGGUGCAGUAUCUUGAUAACUUUCAUCGUAGCCACUUUAUGCUCUUUAAUCUUAAUUUAUUAGAAGAUACUACAGAAGUUCAAACACAUGGAGACGAUCAAUCGAUCGUUGAUAAACUACAUGAACAAAUACUCGAGUUUUAUUGGGAACGAGACGGUAUGAAAGCUCAUACGCCUCCAUUGGACCUCAUGUUUCGAAUUUGCUACGCACUGGAUGCUUGGUUAUCCAUUGACUCGAAGAAUAUAGCACUUGUCAACUGUCAAACGGGUAAAACCAGAAGCGGUGUCGUCGUGGCCUGUUAUUUGCUCUUUGCACGAUUAGCUGAGGAUCCCGUUGACGCUUUGGUCGAAUUUUACAGGAAACGGUGGGACAUGACAUCACUCACGCCUCAGGCAUUGAAGAAAAAAACACCACCAUCGAUUCAAAGGUUCCUCGCAAGUUUUCAUGAACUAUUGACCACACACAAGCCGCGAAACGACAAACCGUUGCUACUCAAGGCCAUCAUUUUCCGACAAUUGCCGGUGGAGCUACAGCCGUGUGUACAAAUUUGGGACGAUUACAAACUUGUCUUUUGUACAGACGCAUUGCACGUUGGAGAGAGCAGAGAAGUGCCCGUGUUGGACUGGAACGAGGAGGACGGCUUCUUUGCCAUUCUCUGGGAGAACGGAGUGGAGUUGGACGGAGGAUUCUCAGUCUUGUGUUCCUUUGGAGAGGAAUAUGACAAUGUGGACGAUCUGGAUGCGUCCUCGAGAGUACUCUUUCGGUACGUGGACUCGACACUCUUUCUCUUGCCGGGCUUGGUCACGCUCAAGAAACACGAUCUAGAUCUGAUGAAGCCGUAUGAGCAUGGAUUUGACGACGAUCAAUUUUCGGUUGAUCUGGUGUUGCACGAAAACAGCGCCAAGAUGCCGAGUAGUCUAGUAAACAUGGACUUUUCGGGAAGCAGUGCGGUGCGCCAGGGUUUGGUAGAAAUUACCAAGCACCAUGUCGUUUUACCGGACCCAUCCAUGUACUCGAACUUUAUCCGCAUGGGUUUUUGCGAAACACCUACAACAUUCGCACUGCAAUGUUCCCAGAAUGCCCCGAAUGUGGCGCUAGAUCUAUUACAUGCUAACGGAGUGUCCGCCUGUUUUGUGCAAGAAGCAAUGGAGAGCACGGCCACAAAAGACGUAGAAGAACCUGUCGAGGACAAUCAGACUAAAGAACCCCCCAGCUGA